UGGGGAUCCCACCUGGAACAGGGCCCUGUGCCUGAUUGGAACCUGCCUGAUUGAGAAUCCCACCUGGAACAGGGCCCUGCCCCUGGCUGUCCCCAGCAGUGGCACUGGGGACAGCGCUGGCAGCUCCCAGGACUGGGACAGACCCAUCCAGCACUGACGGGAUUCUGGUGCCUCCCUUCCUGGCACUGCUGUCCAUGAGGAGCCCCCACAAUGGCCAGGGGUCCCCUCCUGUCACUGUCACAGCUCCGUGGGGACACCCAGCCAGGGGAAUUGCUCCUCACAGUGCCAUGGGGGAGAAAUUGCUCCUCACAGCUCCAUGGGGACAUCCAGCUGGAGGAGCUGCUCCCCAGAGCUCCAUGGAGGAGGAACUGCUCCCCAAAUCUCCAUGGGGACACCUAGUUCAAGGAACUGCUCCCCACAUCUCCAUGGGGACAUCAGCUGGAGGAACUGCUUUUCACAUCUCCAUGGGGACACCCAGUUCAAGGAACUUCUCCCCACAUCUCCAUGGAGGAGGAAUUGCUCCUCACAUCUCCAUGGGGACAUCCAGCCAGAGGAACUUCUCCCCAGAGCUCCAUGGGGACAUCAGCUGGAGGACCUGCUCCUCACAGCUCCAUGGGGGAAGAACUGCUCCCCAGAGCUCCAUGGGGGAGGAAUUUCUCCCCACAGCUCCACGAGGACAUCAGCUGGAAGAACUGCUCCCCAUAUCUCCAUGGGGGUGGAACUGCUCCUCACAUCUCCAUGGGGACACCCAGCUGGAGGAGCUUCUCCUCACAUCUCCAUGGGGGUGGAACUGCUCCUCACAUCUCCAUGGGGACACCCAGUUCAAGGAACUGCUCCCCACAUCUCCAUGGGGACAUCAGCUGGAGGAGCUGCUCCCCACAUCUCCAUGGAGGAGGAAUUGCUCCUCACAGCUCCAUGGAGGAGGAACUGCUCCCCACAGCUCCAUGAGGACAUCAGCUGGAACAACUGCUCCCCACAUCUCCUGCCCACAUGAAGGACCCUGGAGAUCCUGUGUGGGAAUUGUGUCCCUGCAGCCAUCCUGGUCACAGGUGACACCUUGGGAGGCGCUGGGGCUCUCCAGAGGGGUCAGUGUGGCUCACGGGGACAGUGGUGGUGUCCUCCUCCAUCCUGGGAUCUGCAAGUGCUUCCCUACAGAUUUUCUCCCGGAGGAAACUCCAAACCUGCAGCAGGAUCCAGGAUUGCUCUCUGCCUUCUCCUGCCACCAUCCCGUGGCUGUUCCUUGGGGUUCCUGCAGGAGUUGGGGCCAGGGGCUGCUCCCGAGGGCGCAUUCUGCUCUGGCCCCUCACUGUGGCACAGGAUUGGCACGGGACUGGCACAGGACCAGCACAGGAACAGCACAGGAACGGCACGGGACUGGCACAGGAUUGGCACAGGACUGGCGUGGGACUGGCACAGGACUGGCACAGAACUGGCACAGAACUGGCACAGGAUUGGCACAGGACUGGCACAGCCGCUGCCUUCGCCGGGUGCCAGCUGGGGGUGGCCUCAUUCCUGCCCUGCCCUGGGAUGCUCCUGCUGGGAAAUGGGAUCCAGCAGGACACAACCUCCCUGGAUUGGGCCCUCCAGGUGCCAGAGAUGUGACCCGAGCCCAGUUCGGGUGGCUCAGGUGCUCCUGGCUGUGCCUGCAGGGCGGGUUUGAGGAUUUCGGCGGGUUUGGGGUGGUUCGGUUUGGGCUCCUCCCAGAGCUGUGAACAGCAGAUGGCAUCCUUGAGGAUUUUAGCAGUUUGGGUGGUUUGGUUUGGGCUGGGUGAGCCCCAGGUCUCCUCCCAGCGCUGUGAACAGCAGAUGGCAUCCCUGGGCCGGGCUGCGGCUGCAGCAGCACCUCCCGCUGUCCCGGGCUGCCCUGCCCGGGUGGCGCUGCACCAGGGCGGCUCUAAAAUCCCAUUUAAGGUGCUGCAAGAUCCAGCAAAUAACUUGGGUGCUGCGCGUCUCCUCCAGUAUUUUAUUCCCGUAGAAAGACACCCCCGAGGAGCCCAAACACCCUCCAGGAGCUGGGACAGGGCUGGGUUUGUGUCCAGGAGGCGGGAGAGGUCUG